CUGGGAGUUCGGUGUGCGGUAGCACCCGGUCCUGGUGUGCAGUGUUCCGGCUAAGGGGAAGUGGUUUUUUCCUCCCUUGUUUCCUUUCUGCAGCCAGGCUGGCUCCACGGUGUGCUGAGGUCCCGCUGCCUGCUGACGGGCUGUGUCCCCUACCGCCGGGCAGGCAGGCAGGCUGGGUCACCCCGAGGCAGGGAGAGAUUUGUUAAUAUACCAAACAAUUGAAAACAGAGCUCUUCUCACUUCCUCUCUGCUGUUUUGGUCACUAAAUUCUUAGUGAAGACUUCUAGAGGUAAGCACUGGAAUGUCAUGUUUUAUACUCAGACUGUAUUUAUGGGACCAUUUCUGUAAUUACUGUGGAUUUUUAUUCAUCUUAUACUUAAAUUUUUUUAGUAGUAAUGUGCUGAGCAGUUUCCAAAGAUCAGCUUGUUAAACAAAAAAUAAGAAGACACAGGCAUUAUUUUGAUCUGUACCAUUUACAUGCAUAUAAAUUAUGAAAUAUAUUAACAAUGUCUAUGAACUGAGAGUUUGUUAGAAACUUUUUUUUAAAUAAAGUGAAGUUAUAAUCUGAAAAAAGGAAUUUAGAAAUCACUGUACUGUAAAAUUUGAAAGUUUUAUAUUUACAUGGUAUGUUUAAUUUUCAUACAAAGCUUUUCAUUACUAUUCCACUGUAGGAACAACUAAGGAUGUAAGUGUUGUUAUCCUUAUAGACCUGAUAGUCAUCCCAGAGUCACAGACUUGUAGAAUUAACACACUCUUAAAUGAAUUUGUUUUGUUUGAUACAUACUAGCAAUUAAUGUACGCUAAACAUUAUCCUUUAAAACUCAGUUUAAAAUCAUGAUCUGUUCCAUGUGUGUUGUGUAUCCCCAAAAAGAGAUUGCGUAAAUGCUUGUUGAUUUUACUGGUGACACACAAACCACAUAAAGGAAAUCACCUCACUCUUACGUAGUCGUGCUGAGUCUGCAAAACUGACGAGCUGUGUCUAAAUUAAGCGUAAGCAACUUAAUGUGAAUUUUUUGGUAUGUACUCAGAUGUUUUUGCUAGUUACUUUGCUGACCAUUUACAUAUUUUCUAAGUAGACAGCAUUGGUAUAUACAGUUUAAACGUGGCUUCUCAAUACAUUUAGAUUUUAUAACUCACUGAAAUCUAAUUUAUUAGAUGGCCCCUAUGCCUGACAGCACCACUCAAAUUAUCUUGACCUACUACAGAGUUCCCAUUGGCUGUGAAAAGAUGAACAAAUUAUUAACAUAACCAAGACACAUCUACUACAGUUUUUUGUUUUCUUUGGAGAAUAUGGGAAGAGUUUUAAAUAUCUUUGCUUCCUACAUGAAAAAACAGCUCCUUCACAGUUCUCUUGUAAUACUCAACUGCAUAGAUUCACCGUAUAGUAAGAACAGCCUUUACCUCAUUUUCCCUAACAGCAAAACUGACCCUCAGCAUUUAAAACCAAAUGGAGCAACAGGGCCAACUUGAGAGAGAUGCUUCCUUUCCAUUACUGUUGUGCUUGCAUUCUGCUGCUUGCUGCUUCUGUGCACUCACUUCUUUGUAUAUCUGUCAUUAGUGGAUGCUUCCUUCAUAUAAGUACUGUUCAAUUAGAGAAGCAGGACACUGAAAUUGAAAUGUUAAAUUUGUGAGGCUCUCCCACUUUUUUUUUCCUUUUCAGAGAUGGUCAAAUUCUUUAAUUGCUUGGGAAAGCCAGUUGAAGGUAUGCUAGCAUCUUGUCAAUAUUACUUUUGGCUUUUUUUUUUCUUUUCAUGUCCUAAGCAGAUGCUGUUACUUCAGUCAUUGGAAGCUAUGAAUGCUAAACAUUUGCGACAGAAAAAGCCCGUACAUAUUAAACAGAUUGGGUUUAGUAAUUCCACUUACUAAACUGAAAAAUCAGCAUAUGCAGAAGCUUUGGAAGACUGGAAAUUAAGAAGUAUUUGCCUAUAAUGUACAGGCACGUAAGAUCUAGGGCAAAAAAUGCUUUUCCAAAUUAUGAUUAGGACAGUAAUCCCAAUCCCUGAAAUUUGGGACUACCAUGUUUUAGAAUCAGAAGUUCCUGGUCUUAAGAUAUCAGAGAAAUGCUGUGUCAACAGAAUUCAAACACUGGAAAACAAUGACAAAAAAUGCAAAAAAGUUCACAGAAAUUUUCACAGUACAUCAUCUAAAUUUAUAGUAAUUCAAAGUAAUUCUUCUAAAUUCAGUAUAGUUGGCACCCCGCUUUACUUGUCUGUAAAGUCUAACCCAUUGAUUUGUAUUUUGUUUAAUCAUUUACUUUAUUCAGGAUUGCAAGAUAGCAUGUCCCUCUCCAGCUGAAUUAGAAAAUAUUGUAUUUAUUAAACCGAAGUUGAUAAUACUUUUAUAAAUGCACAUUCAUUUUAGAGCUUGGGGACAUCUGGAUCUUGUAGCAAAUUUAUUGCUAUGUGUACCUCAUGUUGUAUUUGCCUGAGGGUUUUGGCAGCUCAACCUGUAUGACCUAGAAGGAGUAAAAAGCAGGUUUUUGUUUGUUUGUUUGUUUCUAUAGGUGAUGUACAGACCCAAUCUAAAAAAUCUUUGUAGAAUUCUGUAUGUGUUGCAUAAAAAAGAUUGUAUGCAAUUUCUGAGAUUUUUUGCUGUUUUUUCAUCUUUUCGCUGUUUUUUUUUUCAGAAAAAUCUUGUGCACAGUACUCUGUGAGACUAGAAUUACAAUACCAAAAGUCAAAAUUACUUAAACAGUGAAAAUAUAGACGAUCCAAGAGGCAGAAUCUAUCUUCUAUUCUUUAUAAGCUGAGCAAAUGUAACAGCAGUACUGAAGACAAAGAUGUCACUCCAAAUGUAUACAGUGAAUUUUACUUCCAAACAUGAUUUAGUUCUGAAAAGUGAUGUGACAGUUUUGCUCAGUAUUUCUGUAGCAUUCAAAAGAAGAUUCAGUAACUCUUUUGAUGAUUCAUAUCUAAAUAUCUUAUACUCUUAUUGACUACUCAGACCAACACAGCUAAAAAGGGAGAGAAUGCACAAACUGGAUUUAUUUUCUUGUGCAGACUUGUUUGUUAGCAUUCAGAGAGCCAUUUGGCUACUUACACAAUUUUAAGUCAGCUUGCACAGUUGUCACCAACGGCAUCACUUUUGGGGCUUUUUUUUUUUGUGGGGUUUUUUUUUUUUUCUGAAAAGAAUUACACAAUUGUAAUGAGGACAGUUUUGCAGUGAGAACUUAUAUUGCAAGAAGUGAAGCGUGCAUGAGAAGUAGUGCUGGUUUACUACAGGAGCCAAGAUUGGAUAAUUGGUGUGCAUACAUACACAUACAUGCGAUAUGUGUGUAUAUAUAUAUAUAUAUAUAAGCCAGAACAUCAAGUACUAAUAAAUUAAGAAUUACAACUAGUCUAAGUGGAAUCUCAUACAGGUUACAAUGUCUUAUGACAAGCAGUUACUCAAAUAACCAUUUGGAGUCCUUAGGUUACUAACUUUCCAUGUCUGUUUUACUUCAAAGCCUUUGAGAAGAAAUGUAAAGGGCUGCCAGAGCAGCGUAAGUAAAGUGUGUGUUGACUUUUCAAGCUUUGCCUCUUUCCUGUGGGAGACACCAUAGUUCUCAGUUUCUGGUAAGAAAACCACCGAGGUUCAUUUUUAGAACAACCAGUUCUGCAUCUGCAUUUAUCAACUUUUACGUUAAGGAAAGGAUGUUUGCCUGGGUUGCUUAUAAUAAAUGGUACCGGACAUAGCCAGUGGGAUGAUAACUGUUAUGUAAAGCUAAGGCUAUGGUUUGAUGCAACUGAAAUUUAGUUGCUUGAAACUAAUUUAACUGUUGUGUCACUGACAAGCGUAGUAGUAUUAUGUCUGGAAUGUAACCUCACACAGAGAAGACAGAGGAAAAAGGUGGCUUGCCAACUAUAUGUAGUUAUUGUUAAAAUGUGCACAAUGUUUUCUCACAAACAACAGAAAGAAAAAACCCUUUCAUGUUGCAUGAGGAAAAUUAAUAGAAACUCUUCAUUGAAGUUAACUAUUUGAGAGUUGUGUUUGUUCAUCCCUGUGAAAGGUACAGGAGUAACAUCCAGAAAGGCUUCAAAGGGAUGGUUCUGAAAUGGCCGCUUGAGAAAUGAUUGUGAUUAAGAAGAGAGUUUCAAGGAAGAUAUUGAUACUAGCGCAUCACAAACAGCAAUCAGUACAUUUAUCAGUUUAUUCAAACCAAAAUUCUUCUAGCCUUUUGUUAGAUACAAUUAUUUUACUUCCUUCCUCUAUUUUUGGCAACAGCAUUUAAGAUUAAGUAACAAAACUGUACUAAAUUAUUUUACAUCCAUCCUUGACCAUACAAGGUUAAUACGAAUAAUGUGAGAAUUUGGAUUAGCAAAAAUCUCAAAGCUUUUAAUUUGAAAUUAUUUCUUUGAUAAUGAAUUGCAAAAGAAAAGUUUAGAGCACAGCACAUAUUAGCGGCUCCCUGAGCUGCUUUGCUAGUUCUCCUGUCUGGCAGUGUUUAUUGUGCACAAGGUCAGAGUCUGAGGGAAUGCACUGAGGCCCCCUAGGUGGCCCAGCAAUGAACCACAAGGGCUAGGGCUCCAUUACUGGAUGGGCACCUGGGAAAACAGCUGCCCUCACUGUGAGCCAGGCAUCUGGCCAAAAGCCCAAGAGUAAGGACUGGAUGGUUUAACACAGAAGAGACAAAGGAGUGGAGCUGGCAGGGGCUUAGUAAAGGGGGCAAGAGAAGAGGAAGAGGAGAGCAAGGAGGACGACGACGACGAGGGAGGCAGUGCGCUCUCCUCGUCGCCGGACCCGCCGCCAUGUUCAAGAAGCUGAAGCAGAAGAUCAGUGAGGAGCAGGCGCCGCCGCGCGGCGCUGGGGGCCGGGCCGCCCCCCUCCAACCUCAGGUCCCUCCCAAGUCUCCUCCACUGUCUGACAAAAGAAGCAGAUCAUCUUCAUUGGCAGAGCAGAAUGAUGAAGGCACUUUAACACCAGACAAAGAGCUUCUAGCCGGGAUGAUAGCAGAGCCUGCUUUUCUCUCUGAGUAUACUAUCUUUGCUUUGGAUCCCACCAAGCAACCUAAGCCACAGAGUGACGGUGUGAAUUUACCUAAGCAGUCAAUUCCCAGGUCAACUGAAAACAAUGGAAGUGAACCAGCAUCCCCUCAGCCAAGUGAUGCUCAGUCUUUCACCCAGCGUCUUCAGCUCCGGGUUCCCUCCAUGGAGUCAUUGUUUCGAAGCCCAGUAAAAGAGUCCCUGUUCCGCUCUUCUUCUAAAGAGUCCCUGGUACGAACAUCCUCAAGAGAUUCGCUGAAUCGGCUGGAUGUGGAUGCAGCUGGUCCCACCUUUGACCCACCUUCUGACAUUGAAAGUGAGACUGAGGAGGUUUCAGGAAAUGCAGACAGCCUCAGCAAGGAGCAGCUGCUGCAGCGAUUGCGCCGAAUGGAGCGCAGCUUGGGCAACUACAGGGGGAAAUACGCUGAGCUGGUGUCUGCUUAUCAAGUUAUUCAACGAGAGAAGAAGAAGCUACAGGGCAUUCUGAGUCAAAGUCAGGACAAAGCACUUCGCAGAAUUGGAGAACUGAGAGAGGAGCUCCAGAUGGAUCAACAAGCUAAGAAACAUCUCCAAGAGGAAUUUGAUGCUUCUUUGGAAGAAAAGGAUCAACUUAUUAGUGUUCUGCAAACUCAGGUAUCGUUGCUGAAGCAGAGGUUACAGAAUGGUCAGAUAGGCAUUGAAUUACCUGAUCCAAAUAACCAGUCUGAACCACAAGUUCAAAGUCAAACAAAAGAAAUCAAUGCAGAAAAUAUUGUGGAACCAGGAAGCAAUGAGGGUAAUGAAGAUUCUGUUAAAACACUGGAAACUCUUAAUCAGAGGGUGAAGCGCCAAGAGAACUUGCUGCAACGCUGCAAAGAGAUGAUUCGGUCACAUAAGGAGCGCUGUGCCCAGCUAACCAACGAGAAAGAGGCACUGCAGGAACAGUUGGAAGAGAGACUUCAGGAGCUAGAGAAAAUGAAGGACCUUCACAUGGGUGAGAAGACAAAACUGAUUACACAGCUGCGUGAUGCAAAAAAUUUGAUUGAGCAACUGGAACAGGACAAGGGCAUGGUAAUUGCAGAGACAAAGCGACAAAUGCAUGAAACAUUGGAAAUGAAGGAGGAAGAGGUAGCCCAGCUACGUGCUCGAAUCAAGCAGAUAACUACACAAGGCGAGGAGUUAAAAGAACAGAAAGAGAAGUUUGAAAGAGCUGCUUUUGAGGAGCUUGAGAAGGCUCUGGGUAUGGCCCAAAGAACAGAAGAAGCCCGGAAAAAAUUACAGGCAGAAAUGGAUGAAAAAAUCAAAGCAGUAGAAAAGGCAAAUGAGGAAGAGAGGGUAAAUCUUCAGCAAGAGUUGACCAGAGUGAAGCAAGAAGUGGUUGAGAUUAUGAAGAAGUCUUCAGAAGAUCGUGUUGCUGAACUGGAAAAAUUACAUAAAGAAGAAAUGGCUACCAAAGAUCUGGAGCUAAAUGAGAGAUUGCAGGCCCAAGAAAGAGAGUUCCAGGAGAAGAUGAAGGCAGCUCUUGAGAAAAAUCAGAGUGAGUGCUUAAAAACCCUUCAAGAGCAAGAGCAACAGGAAUCCCUAGCCUUAGAAGAGCUGGAGCUACAGAAGAAAGCAAUACAGUCAGAAUGUGACAAAAAACUUGAGGAGAUGCAUCAGGAAGUAGAGACUUUUAAAACUAGAAUUCUUGAAUUGGAGAGCUCUCUUGCAAAGUGCUCACAAGAUGACAAAAAGCGUUCAGAGGAAUUAAGCACUUUGAUGGACUCUGAAAAAAAGCAGCAUAACAAGGAAGUGAGUGAUAUAGUUGAAAAACACAAGGAGGAAUUGGAGAAUGUGAAGCAGCAGCAGGAAAAGCUUUGGACAGAAAAACUUCAAAUUUUACAGCAGCAACAUGUAAUUGAAAUAGAAAAAAUGAGAGAGAAGCAAGAACAAGAAAUAGAUACGAUACUGAAAGAGAAAGAAACAGUUUUCCGUACACAUAUAGAAGAGAUGAAUGAAAAAACGUUAGAAAAACUUGAUGUAAAACAAACAGAAUUAGAAACGCUGUCAUCUGAGCUAUCCGAAGCACUAAAAGUACGUCAGGAUUUAGAACAAGAGCUCUCAGAAUUGAAAAGUAAAGUAGGUGAAGCAAAGCAAGAAUUUGAAGGAAAGUUGGAAGCAGAGAGGAAUCAGCACAAAGAAGAGGUUGAAAUUAUGUUAAAAGAGCAUGAGAUUUCUAUUCAAGAUGUUGAGAAGGUACUGAAGGAGGAACUGAACCAAAUGAAGCAAUCAUUGGAGGAGAAGGAGAGACUGCUGGAGGAAGCAAAAACACGUGAGCAAGAACUAAAGGAAUCCGCACAAAGAUCUGAAGCUGAACUUGUCCAAGUGUCUGCAAGGCUAAUGGAGGCUUCGCUAUCUCAGCAGAAUACUUCUAACGAGCAGGCAAAGCAAUAUGAAGAGGAAUUAGCAAAGCUCCAGCAGAAGCUGAUGGACCUGAAAGGAGAAAAAUUGCAACUUAGUGAGCAGUUAGUAAGAACUGAAUGCCAGCUGAAUGAAGUCAAGAAUGAGUUAGAAUUGUACAUCUCUCAGGUACAUGAACUGAAACAGCAAUUGCAAGAGCAAAGUGAUGAAAAUACCCAGAAAGCAAUGUCUCUAACACAACAGUAUGAAUCUCAACUGAAGGAUCUACAAGAAGAGGCUGAUAAGGCAAAGCAAACUCUAACUGAGAGGGAAAAUGACAUCGAACAUGUGAAGAAGGUACAGAACGAAGAAAUGGAAGAGCUUAAACAGAAACUGUUAGCCACGGAGGAGAGAAUUAGUACUUUACAAGGAGACUAUGAAAAUAAGCUAAAACGUCAGGAAAACAAAAUGGAGAAGAUGAAGCAGAAAUCAAAAGAAAUGCAGGAAACCUUCAAAAAGAAACUUGCUGAGCAAGAAUCUAAGCUAAAGAAAGAGCUUGAAAAUAAGCAAUUGGAGUUCAGUCAGAAAGAGAGUGAAUUCAAUGCUAAAAUGUUGGAAAUGGCACAUGCCAGCUCAGCCGGAAUCAAUGAUGCUGUGUCAAAACUGGAGUCUAAUCAGAAAGAGCAACUGGAGAGUCUUGCUGAGGCUCAUAAGCGGGAGCUGGAAGAAAUUAGCCGAAGUUGGGAGAAGAAACUCAAUCAGCAGGCUGAAGAGCUCCAAGAAAAACAUGAAAUGGAACUGCAAGAGAAAGAGCAGGAACUUGGAGAUCUAAAAGAGAAACUUGCCACCUUCAGUGCUGAGAAGGAGGGCUCAAGGACAGAAAUAACCCGAUUGAAGGAGGAACAGGUCAAGAGGAAUGAGACCCUGAAGCAAUUACAAGAAGAACUAAAGCAGUCCUUAGCUCAGAUGAGUGCUCUGUCAAAUAGUGAAAGUGGCCUGAAAGCACAGCUCCAAAAGCUGGAGGGUGAUCUUAGUCAGUCCCUGAAAGAGAAAUCAGGACUACAGGAACAGAUCAGUAGGCAGAAAGCAAUUGAAGAGAAGGACAAAGCCAGAAUUACUGAGCUGGCUGAUAAGCUGAAAACCCUGGAGGAGAAACUCCAAACACUGCAGUCUUCUCACAGUAAGGAUCGUGAAAAUUAUGAGAAAAAAAUUGAGGCUUUUCAGCAGCAAGAGACUGAGGUUAAGGAGCUUGUAGCACAAUUAGAUGCUUAUUGGAAGAGCGCUGAAGUUCUAUUGCAAACAAAAAGCAAUGAAUUAAUUGAAAAAUGUAAUGAAAAAAUUGGCAUAGUAACAUGCAAAAUUGCAGAUUGUGAGCGCCAAGCUACAAAAGUUAAAGAAGCAGUAAUUAUUAAAAUGAAUAAGUCAGUGCAACAGCUGCAAGAGAAGGACAAUGUAAUUAAGUCCAUGAGGGAUGAUAUUGAAGGACUUGUAACAGAAAAGGAACAAUUGCAAAAAGAAGGGGGGCAUCAGAAGCAAGCAGCAACAGAAAAAGAAACUUGCAUAACACAGCUCAGGAAAGAGUUAUCAGAAAAUAUCAAUGCUGUCACCUCACUGAGAGAGGAUCUUCAGGAAAAAGAAUCAGAGAUCUCAACUCUCAACAAAACAAUAAAUGAGCUUAAUGUUAGACUUGAAAGCAUGGUAAGUUUAACAGAGAAGGAAGCAGCCAUCUCUCUAUUAAGCACACAACAUCAAGAGGAGCGGUUGCAGUUGAUAAACCAGGUACAGGAGUUAUCAUCCAGUGUUGAGCUACUGAGACAAGAAAAAGCAUCAGCUCUUGAGCAGGUAGAUCAUUGUACAGCCAAGCUGUCAGAGUGGAAGACAAAAGCACAAACAAGGUUUACACAAAAUCAUGAAACUAUUAAAGAUUUGCAGAGCAAACUUGAGGUAAGCAAUACCCAAGCCACUAAAAAAGGCGAAGAGCUAGAUAAGCUGAAGGAGGAGCUGGCUCAGCAAGGCAAGGAUCUGGAUAGUUUAAAAAGUGUGCUGGAAGAAAAGGAAAACAGGAUAGAAAAACAAGAAAGCGAGUUAACUGCAGAAUUAAAAAUCCAAGCAGCAAGAGUUGCUGAAUUGGAAGAACACAUUGCUCAGAAAACUUCAGAAAAUGAUUCCUUGAAAGAGGAACUUAAAAGGUAUCAUGAACAAAAAGACAUGGAGCAAAAAGAGGUGGCUUGGCAACUCCAGCAGGCAGAGAAGGUUGCUUUUGAAAAAGACAGUAGACUUAAGGAGGCUGAAGAAAAAGUGCUCAAUCUUGAAAAUGAAAUAGGUUCUCUGAAAGCUGAAUGUGAAGCAAAAGAGAGAGAAUUUGAUCAAAUGAAAUCAGCAAUACUUAAAAGCAAAGAGGAAGAACUAAAAGAGUUAGAAGAGAGACUGAAUGCAGAGAACAGCUGUAAGCUGGCAGAUCUGAAAAAGAAGGCAGAGCAAAAAAUUGGUUCUAUUAAAAGGGAAUUGGUACGUCAGAUGGAAGAAAAGGAACAGCAAUUAAAACAAGAUAGAGAAAAUCAGGUAAGACAUUUGGAACAAAAAGUGCAGGAAAGAGAGGCCAAAAUUGAAUCCCUAGAAGAAAAGAUGAAGUCAGUAAGAGAUUCCACAGAAUUAGAGAGAGAAAUGCUGCAAAAAAUAGAGAGCACUAAAGCUGCUGUAGAGCAAGAAAAAAAUGAGGUAAUUAAGAGUGUCCAACAAACACACGAAGAGAAAAUUAACAAGUUACAGAAGGACUUGAUAGAAAAAAAUAAAUUGUUGCAGAAGUAUGAAAGCGAACAACGUGAAGGUAUAGACUCUCUUCUAGAACUGCAAAGCAAACAGGAAGAGCUUCUUAAAAAAUUGGAAUGUGCUGAGAAGAGACAUAGAGAGGAGCAGAGUGUGACUGAAGGCCUCAGGGAAGAGCUUGAAGAGCAGGCUAAAAAGUACUCCUUGCUAGUGGAUGAGCAUGCUCGGUGUGGUGGUGAUUUAGCAAGUAGUAGGGAAGAACUGAAAGCUAAAGAACAAAAAAAUCUGGGUAUGGAGAAUAUAAUGGGGGAUUUCCAGAAAAAAAUGCAGGAAAAAGAUGCAGUUAGUCACUCUUUAGAACAGAAGGUGAAAGAAUUGGAAGAUAAUCUAGCUAAGGUGAAUGAAGUGCACAAGACAGAGAUGGAAGAUAGAAGCUUGAAAUAUGAAGAAAAUCUGAAAAGUUUACAGCAACAGCUGGAGGAAAGAAAUGAUCGCUUGAAAGCUUUGGAAGAAAAUGCUGAAGAAAAAGCUAAAUCUGGUUUGGAGCUGCAGAAGUUACUGGGUGAUAUGCAAAACCAGCAGAAGGACUUGCAAGCUAAACUGGAGGAGGCUGAAAGGGAGAAACAGAAACUACGUAAAGAUGUAAACAGUCUUCAAAAAGACCUGCGUACUCUGCGAAAAGAACAUCAACAGGAGCUUGACAUAGUUAAGAAGGAGUCCUUAGAAGAAAUGGAGCAGAAAAUCAGAUGUGAACAAGAAGACAUUGAAUUAAAGCACAGCUCUACAUUAAAGCAGCUAAUGAGAGAGUUCAAUACCCAGCUCGCUCAAAAAGAAAUGGAAUUGGAAACAGCUGUAAAAGAGACCAUCAGUAAAGCUCAAGAGGUAGAAUCUGAAUUGAUAGAAAAUCAUCAGAUAGAGACAACACAGUUGCAUAAAAAAAUUGCAGAAAAAGACGACGAUCUGAAAAGAACUGUGAAAAAAUACGAAGAAAUCCUUGAGGCUCGUGAAGAAGAAAUGACAACAAAAGUUCAUGAGUUGCAGACACAGUUAGAGGAGUUGCAGAAGGAGUACAAACAAAGGAUGGCAGAAAAGGACCAUCGAAACAGUGAAAAUGUAACAAUAGCAGAACUUCAGGCACAGCUUGCACAGAAGACGACGUUAGUCAAUGAUUCGAAGUUGAAAGAGCAGGAGUUCAAGGAGCAGAUUCAUGUACUGGAAGACAGACUGAAAAAUUAUGAGAAGAAAAUGUAUGUCACAUCAGUUGGAACACCAUACAGAGAUGGAAAUCUUCAUCAUACUGACGUUUCUCUCUUUGGAGAGCCUACUGAGUUUGAAUACUUGAGGAAAGUGCUCUUUGAAUAUAUGAUGGGUCGUGAGACAAAGACAAUGGCCAAGGUUAUAACAACAGUCCUGAAAUUCCCAGCUGAUCAGACUCAAAAGAUACUAGAACGAGAAGAUGCGCGACCAUUGUUUGCCUCACCUCGCAGUGGUAUCUUCUGAAUAUUCCAUCAGUCUGUGCUUAGUUAGCAUGUGGUCCUGGCUAUGACCAUCCUGAAGAAAUCACAAUGAGAAUGUCUCGUAACAGUGCUGCUUAGAAAUACGUUUGUAUCUCUGUGUGUUGCCCUUUGAGAGCGGGCGAGAAGGAACGCUAUUAUUCAAGGUCACAAAUGGCACAGCAAGAACCAAAGCUCAGCACCACCUUUGGACCGUGAAUAUAGUUAAAACUGCCUUGACAAGAAACACUAAUCAGGGGUUAUCUGGGGAUGAGUCUUUUUUCUCUUCUAUUGAACACUCUCCUAUUUUGUGUUAAAGCUUAUUUUUUUAAAGGAGAGAAAAGACUAUCCUAGGAAGGAAUUGCCCAUUACUGUAUCUCUAUACAGGUUUCACUGGGUGUUUUUUAAGAGUUGAACUAAAUGGUUUGUCUCUUCUAUUUAUUUUUUUAUUUUUGAAUGAAUUGUGCAAUACAUUUUUGGAUGGAUAGCAGUUGAGGUGAUUUUUCCGGAUGAACUGGGCACUCUUGUUUGACUACUCCUCCACCGAGUUGAUCUUCUGAUUGUUUGCUAAAGGUCACUUCCUAUAUGCUUUUGCCUACAAUAAAUCCGAAUUGCAGUACCUCAUUUGUUUACUUCUAGCUUUUGUACUUAUAUUUUCUGGAAAAAAAGAAGUACAUUACUGUAAAUUGUAAAUAGUUAAUACGUAACUGUAUUAUACGCUGAUCUGUGACUGUUGACAGCACUAAUCUGACAGGAGCUGAGAUGAAAUAAAGUUUAUUUACUGUAUAAUUUUGGAA